GUCAAAAUAGCGUUGUCGUUCGAUAGAAAGAAGGAUGAAUAGUAUGACAGAAUUGCCUCUUAGUACCCUACAUAUUUUAUGGCUGCAACAUAGCGCAAGACUGAAUGUGGAAACCUGUGUGUCGCACUAUACAUAUGCCAACAAAUUUGAAGACCGAUUACUUACUGCGACAAAGGUUAACAGCGAUCAGCUUGAACAGCUUUGUUUCCAAAAGCGCUGCUGCUAGACGCCGUAAAUUUUGUGCCACAAGGGCGGCUCUGACGAAAUUAAGCAUCACCGAUACUAACUGGUGAAAGGUAUUGUGAUUGUAGGUUGGCUAGUGAAAAUUUUACUGACCCUAUCGAUAUGAAGACAUCUCGUACUCUCUAGGUUGUUAUAUUAUACCGAUCAUGUGAACGACAAAGAGAAGCAUGCAUGAUGAUACUCCUUGCCUUAUUCUUCCCUGCUUCAAAAAUUGACAAGCUGAGCAUGCCGAGACACGACCUAAACUGUUUCUUUAGUGCUUUAGCUGAACAAGUUCGACGAUUCCAUACAGUGGUUUCGAAAGUGAUAGUCCGUCUGACAUUCAUGAUUUAUUUGAAGUAGGGAAAACAUCCAUCGACUAACGCUAGGCGGAACAUAAAUACAUAACACUUUGUCAAGGCAAACACUAUGUCAUUAGUCAACGUGGCAGGCACAUUGCUGCGAAAAAGACGGCAGCAGUAAAAGUCACCUUUCUUCUUGCGUCAGUAAGAGUACAAUGUUUAGCUCACCAACGCAUCAAGGUCGUUGGUCCCGUCGAAUUCAUCUAAUCACUGUUUUAAUACUAAUAUUGCAAUAGCAAAAUUCAGCUUAGUACAAUCCUAGUGCAAUUUUUCGCAACGAUCGUAGGCAGUAUCGUCGACGGCCGAUCAGAGUAUCGCUGGUCCACUAUGCUCCGUAUCUCGAACAACUAAGUCAAUAUGACGAGACAGAUGCUGCCAUUUUGGAACGUCAAUAAAAUCUUGCAUUUGUAAGGACCCUUGACGGGUUGUGCACUGUAAGAGGCAGUGUACAAUAAUUGACCCAUGAUUACUUUGAAAGCAAAUUUCGAUUUAAAAAUAUGACAUGAAAUUUUCGACCCAAAACCUCAAAUUGAUACAAGAAAUUUGGAAUUUGGCGGGAGAGUGAAUGACAAUUGAUUG